AUGGAUUCACUUACCGACAUCGCUGUUUUCGUGAAGGUCGUGGACAGCGGCAGCUUCACCGAAGCGGCGCAGCGUCUGUCCUUGUCCAAGUCAGUGGUGAGCAAGUACGUGACUCGCCUCGAGAAUCGCCUCGGCGCGCGUCUGCUGAAUCGAACGACUCGUCGCCUGAGCCUGACGGAAGCCGGAAGUGCGUUCUAUGAGCGCAGCCGAUCAGGCUAG